AUUUGUUGUUGUUUUAAGGAAAAUAUUUUUUACAACAAAAAUUAUGCAAAUUAUUUAAAACAAUCCUUUCAUUUAAAACUAAUUUUAACUAAACAGAUUUACGUAAACACUUCAAUCAAGUGCCUAUCUCGCAACGAGUACAUGAAGGGAAAACCGUUCAAUUACAAUGUCAUCCCCCAGAAGGAGAUCCGAAACCAGAGAUUUACUGGCACAAAAAUGGUCAACAGCUGUUUUUGGCAGAUCCUUUUGGUAACGGAGAAAGAGAAAAACAACAAAACAAUCAUCAAAAUUUGAUUCAAGCAGGGGACGGAAGCCUUAUUCUUUCUUCUACACAUUUAAGUGACUCUGGAAAUUACAGCUGUGAAGCGCGUAAUCCAGCAAGGUUAGGAGUUGAUUAGACUAAUUAAGGACCUUAAGUCAUGAGUUCAAGAUUUGAUAAAUUAAUGGAUAAAUUAAAUUUAAUAACAUAGGCGUGUCUUCACUGAACCUGCGCACGUUACUGUCUACGGUAAUCUGGACUAACUAAAUCCAACUAAUUAUUAAAUUUAAUCAAGUUGAUGGCAGUUGGUCACCAUGGACGGAAUGGGAAGGCCACUGUACGACGAUGGACAGUAGCAAUAGCAUUGAUUGUCCUGUACUUUUAUCUCAGGUAAUUAUCCUAUUAAUCAUUUUAUAAUACUAUUAAUCAUAAUUUUAUUUUAUGUGGCAAUGGUUCGCGGGGAUGAGUACGCUAUCCGUAGAGUAUUACCAAAACAGAGGAGAACACGCACAUGCAAUAAUCCGGCGCCUAUAAAUGAUGGUCAUCUUUGUGAGGGAACUAGUGAACAAUUCAAAGAAUGCGCUCACUCAUGCCGGCUGGAUGGUACGUGGGGACAAUGGGAGCCUUGGUCACGACAAUGCGAUGUAAAUUGUCAACGAGAACGAAAGCGAAAGUGUGCAGCUCCAGAGCCAUCAAAUGGCGGCCAGGCGUGUGUGGGACCAGCACAACAAUGGCAAAAUUGUACAGCAAGUUCAAGAACAGAGGAUAUACCAGAAAAUUGCUUGCCCGGUCCUGGUUCACGUUUUAUAUCAUCUCUCCCACAUUCUUCGCUCUCAUCUUCAUCACGCCCACUUUUUGAUUCACAAUUAUUAGCAAUUGCUUCACUUGGUUGUGUUGCUAUUCUACUUUUAGUCGUUGCUUUACUCGCUGCUCUUCUCUUCUUUGCUCGUAAGAAACGCGCAAAGGGUAUUUGCGGAGAAGACAUUGGUGGAGUGGGUUCUGGAAUGAUUGACGGAAUGACAACAGGAAUAUUUCUUGACAGCGAAGAAAAACUCUAUUUUCCCAGUGUAGCAGUUGCUACCACAACAGAAGAUGAAAUGGGCAAUGUUCGAACUGUUCUUCUCAGUUCAGACGAGCAAAAACAUUUGAAGAACGGACUAUUAGGAACAGCUAGUGUAGGACCUUCACCUGCACGAAUUUAUUCAGGCGCAAACGCUCUUCAUUCAACUGUUUCUACUCCUACACCUUCAAUGCAGAUGUCAAAUGGAAAUGGUCAUUUUAUGACUACUUUUUAUACACUUAGAAGUUGUGACAGUCGGAAUGGAUGUGACAGCCGUGAAUCAGUUCAACCCUAUGCAAGCGGCCAUAUCAGUGUUCAGCGGCCGUCAAGUCGAAUGGUAAAACCAGCUCUCCGACAACGACAAAAAGAUAUUGCUGGGUCACGCACAGCACUAUUGCCCGAAUAUUCAUCUGGCUCUUCUUCUUCCAAUGGUUCUCAGCGAGAUAAAAAUGCAGCAGAUCAUUAUCAUAACGAUAACCAGUCAAUUCUUUCAAUCAGAGAUGAGGAUAAAGAAGAUGAAAAUAAUUAUGCCACACUUUAUGAGGAAGUAGUAGAACAAAAUGCUAGUAGCAAAAAAGAAGCUUCUACUGAAUUAUUAGCUGACGACGAUUCUUCAUCAAUGUGUACAAUGCUUUAUUAUAAUUCUCGUUUAAAUUUUAUACAUUCAUAA